AUUUAAAAUCAAUAGCGCAACGCCGCGCCGCUACUCUUCACAAAAAUUUCUCCCUCAAGCUGCUUCUUCUUCUUCUUCUUUAUUUCUCGUCGGCGCUUUUGAUCGUUAAACACACUACGUCAUGUCCGCCGCCGCUAGAACAGUCUUCCGUUCCGUCUCUACGUCCGCUCGCAGUGCCACGGCGAGACUAUCCGCCUCCAUUUUCAGGUCUCCUGUAGAGACGAGCAGUUUUAGCGAUGCUUCGAUUUCGCCGCACCGCGGUCAAUUCGGGAAUGUAGAUGGAAGAAACUUCUCAACGAAGACGAGGAGAUUUCGAUUUGAGCGCAGAAUCGAUCUGAAACGAAGCACUUCGGCCACUGGAAUCGUGGAAAGGAUAGAGUACGAUCCUAAUCGAACUUCUCGGAUUGCUCUAGUACGAUGGGAAGGUGGAGAACUCCAGAGAAAAUCCAACGCGGCGGAGGAUUUCACGCUGCCAGCGAAGAGUCUCGAAUCCACUGCCGCCCCCGCCAGCGGCGCGUUCGCCUUCUCCUCCCUGCCGGGGUUGGUGGAUGACAGAAGCGCAGAUUACUCUUCUAUUGGAGAAAAGAAGCAAACUACGAAGUCUAAAUAUGUAACGGUUGGAGUGCCUUCUUCGUCGAAGAGCCGCUUCACUAUUGAAGGUUCAGGGAGCAAAAUAACUAGUGCAAAGGAUGUUUUCGUCUCUGCUUUCUCCACAAAGGCCAAGGGAGAGAAUGCAGGUAGCUCUGAUGGUUUCCCAAGGAUAGCGGUAGCUGGGUCAAGGCCGGCUUUCUUCGUCUUAGGAGAGAAAGAGGAAGUAGGAGGGAAGGACACGUUCUCUCUUGGAGAGGUGCAGAAGUGGAAGAAGGAUAGCAGUCGAUGGAUGCAUAGGAUCAAGCGUAAAGGGGCAGUUUCUUGGUCUAGUAUGAUGAGUCAAGAGAAAUUAGGGCUUAAGGGGUUGAAGAAUGGUGGCAAGGCGGCGAAGAAUGGGAAGCUCGGUGAUGAUCGUGUUCCUGUCACUUACAUCAUAGCCAGUCAUCAAUUGGCAGAGGGCAACUUGGUGAUGAAUUGGUCCGGAGCUGCGACUAGCAGCUCUUCUCAAUAUGCCCAGUAUGGUUUCUCCACACAGGAGGGGUAUUAGAAAUGGACCAAAGGCUUUGAAACCUGUCCCAGUAAUAAUCAAGUGCAAGGUAUGCGGCCGUGUCAAGCUACCUCACUUCUUUUGUUGCGGUGGGAUCAAGCCAAAUCCUGAAGAAAAUAACAAUUAGAACUGCCUUAUGUAUUCUUGAUAUGCAAGAGGAAAUCUGAUCUACCGUGCAGGUUAUCGCUUAGAUUUGGCUGUCAUCAUUUUUAUCAAUUGGGAGAGAUUAUGUCUUCUGGCCUGUGAUUUCUACUGCUGUUAGUAGACAACUCUGCAGUUGUUGAUUAGGAUGAGGUUCUCUGCUCAGUGCUGAAUAAUAAUGCUUAUGUUAAAUUUUGGGCUCUCUGUUCUGAUUUAUAAAGCGAUAUUUUCUUGCUGCUGAUAAAUUUUGGAGGAUUAUUGUAUUUUAAUUUUGGUUUUAAUUUUCA